AUGCCAGGCACGCGCGGGCCUGUGCCCGUGCCGAUGCAAGCCAAUGGCACCUCAGACCUCACCUCUGAAAUCCUGCGAACCCUCGAGAGCAACCAACCACUCCAUACCGCAGAAACCUUUCCCCAUGCCUCGCAAGCAGAGAUCAAAGCCGCCCUAGACAGACUAGCGAGCCGGGGCAUGGUGGAGUACGAUACGAAUGAUGCGGAGCAAGUGGUCCUCACAGAAGAAGGACAGCAGAUCUGCGACGAAGGGAGCCAUGAGUGGAAGGUGUGGGAGGCUGUGAAGAGCAAAGGCCGAAUACCGAUCAAAGAGCUGGAGAAGGUGGUGGGACCGAGUGCAAAAGUUGGGCAAGGCAAUGCGUUCAAGCUGAAGUGGAUCAAGAAGGAUGGCGAUGCGCUCACCCCUGUCGCGAACGAAGUCACAGAUACGACGAGAGACCUGCUACGGCAUGUGAGCGAAACUAACACUUUCCCGGAUCCGAAGCAACUCAAGGACUAUCAAAAGCGGAAGCUGGUGACGACACGCAAGGUGAUCACAUACACUGCGCGCAAAGGACCACGAUGGGCGCUGGAGAUCCCGGUGGAGGUGACAGACCUGACAGCAGAGAUGCUGGCAGACGGCAGCUGGGAGACCGCCAACUUCAAGCCAUACAACUUCAAGGCGCUAGGCGAGCAUCAGUAUGCCGGGGCAUUACAUCCUCUCAACAAAGUACGAGAAGAGUUCCGCAAGAUCUUCUUCAGCCAGUCCUUCAUCGAGAUGCCUACCGCUCGCUUCGUCGACUCCGGCUUCUGGAACUUCGAUACCCUCUUCGUGCCUCAACAACAUCCGGCAAGAGAUCUUCAAGACACUUUUUACGUCUCAGAUCCACCUGAAGCUGGCCCACCUGGUCCCGAUACCGCAGCAGACCAAGCUCUCGAUGAAAUGGAAGCCGACUCACAGAUGUACCAAGGCGACUCGUCCUCGGCUUCAAAGCUCAACUACCAGAAAUACUACGACAAUGUGAAAGCCGUGCACCAAGAUGGCGCUUUCGGCAGCAUAGGCUACCGCUAUCCAUACAACGACGCCGAAACCCGUCGACUCGUCCUCCGCACCCACACCACCGCCGUCUCCGCAUACUGCUUACAUCGCCUUGCCGCCAACCCACGACCAUGCCGGUACUUCAGUAUCGAUCGUGUCUUCCGCAACGAAACAGUCGACGCCACCCACCUAGCAGAGUUCCACCAGAUCGAAGGUGUGAUCGCAGACUACGGCCUCACGCUGGGCGGUCUGAUGGACUUCCUGGGCAAAUUCUUCACCAAGCUAGGCAUCUCGAAUCUGCGCUUCAAGCCCGCCUAUAACCCUUAUACCGAGCCGUCGAUGGAAGUCUUCGGCUACCACCACGGUCUUGGGAAGUGGGUUGAGAUCGGCAACUCGGGUAUGUUCAGGCCGGAGAUGUUGUUGGCUAUGGGGCUACCGGAGGAUCUAAGGUGUUACGGGUUCGGUUUGAGCUUGGAGCGGCCGACGAUGAUCAAGUAUGGAGUGAGCAACAUUCGGGAGCUGCUGGGGCAUAAGGUGGAUCUGGGGUUCAUUGAGAGCAAUGCUGCCGUGAGGUUAGAGAAGGAGUAG